CCAACAAGGUAUGCUGACACCUGAUUGGACGCCAGCGGGACUCUUUAACGCAUGUGAGCAGCUGGCAAGCCGACUUCUCCUCACAUACGGAUAGGUCAUCUGAGUAAUUGGACCUCACCAGCUCCUUAGUUCCUCUGUAUCUCAUAGUCAGGUAAACCAUGCCAUCUAGUUCAGAGUCAGUUGGGACUGGCCCCAUCUGCCCACACGCUGCCAAAGUCCUCACAAAUGCUGCAAAUGGAGAACCUGGCAUCAAUGGAGAUGCUGUUUUGAACGGAAAGGCUGCACACAAGUUAAGUGUGAAUGGCUCAGACCAUGUGAGCGAAACAAACGGUCACCGUGUGCAGAGUGUGAAUGUAGAGCACAUUGAGAACGGAUCAGAAGGCAGCAUGGAGAGGAAGUGGAUUCGACCGGAUUUGCCCAGCAGAUGCACCUGGAAACUUGGUGACCCAAAUGCAGAGUCGCCCCACCAGCACUUCCAAAGAACAAAGACACCCAGAAUCCUUCCCAACAUUUUAAGCAGGAUUGGAGAGACCCCAUUGGUCCGCAUGAACAAGAUUCCUAAAAUGUUUGGCCUCAAGUGUGAGCUUUUGGCUAAAUGUGAGUUCUUCAACGCCGGUGGCAGCGUGAAGGACAGAAUCAGUCUGCGAAUGGUAGAGGAUGCGGAGAGAGACGGCAUCCUGAAACCUGGAGACACCAUCAUUGAGCCCACGUCAGGAAACACAGGGAUCGGUCUUGCUUUGGCAGCAGCAGUCAAAGGUUAUCGCUGCAUCAUUGUCAUGCCUGAGAAGAUGAGCAUGGAAAAGGUGGACGUGCUCCGUGCUCUUGGUGCAGAGAUUGUUCGUACCCCUACCUCAGCCCGGUUUGACUCUCCUGAGUCUCAUGUGGGAGUGGCUUGGCGUUUGAAGAACGAGAUUCCUAACGCUCAUAUUCUGGACCAGUACCGCAAUCCCAGCAACCCCCUUGCCCACUAUGACACCACUGCAGAAGAGAUUCUGGAGCAGUGUGACGGUAAAAUAGACAUGCUGGUAGCUGGAGCUGGCACUGGUGGCACCAUCACAGGCGUCGCUCGCAAGCUGAAGGAGAAAUGCCCUAAUAUCAAGAUAGUUGGAGUGGAUCCCGAGGGCUCUAUCCUUGCUGAGCCAGAGGAGCUGAAUAAGACUGAUAAGACUCAGUAUGAGGUUGAAGGCAUCGGAUAUGACUUCAUCCCCACUGUUAUGGACAGAUCUGUGGUGGAUAGUUGGUACAAGUCCAGUGAUGAAGAGUCCUUUGCCAUGUCUCGUAUGCUCAUCAGAGAGGAGGGACUUCUGUGUGGCGGUAGUUCAGGCACGGCCAUGGCUGCUGCACUGCAUGUAGCCAAAGAGCUGGAGGAAGGCCAGCGCUGUGUGGUGAUUCUCCCAGACUCCAUCCGCAACUACAUGUCUAAAUUUCUUAGUGACAAGUGGAUGUGUGAAAAGGGCUUCCUGAGUGAGGAGGAUCUUGUUGUCAACAAGCCGUGGUGGUGGAAUCUGACUCUACAGGAGCUCCGGCUCUCCGCCCCACUCACUGUGCUGCCUUUAGUGUCCAUUAAGAAGACCAUUCAGAUCCUGAAAGAGAAGGCUUUUGACCAAGCCCCAGUGGUGGACGAGACCGGGCAGAUUCUGGGCAUGGUCACAUUGGGGAACAUGCUCUCGUCCGUUCUGGCUGGCAGAGUCAGACCAUCCGAUCCCAUAAACAAAGUUCUCUACAAACAGUUUAAACAGGUGCGCCUAACUGAUAACCUGGGCAAGCUCUCACGUAUCCUUGAGACGGACCAUUUCGCCCUUGUUGUGCACGAACAGAUUCAGUACAUGAGCGAUGGAUCCCCCAAGAUGAGGCAGAUGGUGUUUGGGGUGGUGACAGCCAUCGACCUGCUGAACUUGGCCACUCGUGAGAGGAGGGAACGCUCGCUGUCCGAGUGCUCGCUGUCAGAAGAUCAGUGAACAACCAAGAGUGUGAAAUCACCAGGCUGGAGUGUCCUUUUCCUUUUUCAGUUUUUAAGUUUUUAUUUCUCUGCAAGUGGUAUGCUCCAUGUUAAAGAAGAAUUAUGCUUUUAUAAGAGCCAGUCAAUAUAGAUUUACAUGUACAUUUUUUUUUUUCUCCGUUUACAGCGUGCUCUGCUUUUAUCUCUAAAGAAGAGAGAGCUGCUUUGUUAGCCAGUCAGCAUAGUGAAGUAAUAUCACAGAUCAGUCAACCACCAUUUGUAGAUUUGCUUACUUUGCAGAUUUGAUUUUAUGGUGUAUAUAUUUAAAUGAAUGUAUUUUAUUCUUUUAAUAGCUCUGCUUGCAGUUCGAUUUUGUUUCGUUUAAGUGCGGGAUUCAGGUGCUCUCUUGUCUAAGCUACAACUACAUCUCCACCUAGUGACUGCAAUGGUUUACGACAGGCAUGGAGACCUUGACCUUCAUCAGUCGUGCUCUGCUUCUUGGCACAGUUAUCUCUGGAGUGUGUGAAGAGUUCUGCAGGUUGAUUGAGAAUAAUUGGCAAAGCAAAUACAGAUCGUGUAUGCAAAACCAAACUGCACCCAGAUGGGGUGACUUGGCAUUUUUCUUGUGUUGAUACAAGCAAGACCUGAUAUUGAGUGUAAAUAAAGAAUGGUAGUUUGGACUUGCUUUAAACACACCACUCUGUGUUAAGCAAAUGUGAUUGUUUCAUUUUUCUGUGUUCUUUUCGUCUGACCUCUUGUAAAUCAAAACUGUAACUAAUAAAGACUGAACAGGAGUUAAUGUUAAGUAAAUGAAUGUGCAUGAGGGUGCAUCAGUUUGCACUCCUGAUCAUGAUUUCUGGAGUCUCUGGCUCAGAAUGUCUUUAUUCUGUCAUUUGAUUUGCUUUUUCUUGAAUCUUAUUGCUGUAAUAAGUACUAGUUAAAAAUAAAGGAUUUAUUUCCAGAAGGAA